CAAGCAACAUCCUCCGUUCGAUCCGAUAUACCUCGCUUGGACAUUGUCGACUUGCAGCGGGAGGUCUGGGUUCAAGUCUCUCUAAAAGGUGGCAAUGUAUGCCCAUUCGGCUCGCAUUCCGCAGCCGCCACACAGUGCUGGACAACCUUUCAAGGGUCUGCGCACUGCGAUUGACCCGAGUCAGAUACCUUCACCUAUUGAGAGUAUCGAGGCCGACCAGGAGAAAUGGGAAACAGAAAGAUACAUGACGCUGCCGGGGAAUCAUGUGCCUCUGUCUACGUCUGACUACAUCGCCAUAGACCAGGGCAACUCCUCUCCCAAGUUCAUUCGCGUAUCGACAUGGAACGUCCCGAGCACCUCAGCGCUCGUGAACCAAUGUGAGGUCCCACUAGCCGCCGUCGUACACCCUUUCGCAGAGUUGGAUUCCACUGGGGGGGAGGAGGACAUACCGGUGGUGGAUACGGGUGCGUCGGGGCCUGCGAGAUGCUCGGGAUGCAGGGGAUACGUGAACCCGUGGUGUCAAUGGGUAGCGGGAGGAACGAGAUGGAAGUGCAAUCUUUGUUCGCAUGAGACCCCAGUCGAAUCGGAAUAUUUCUCCAACCUAGACGCUAAUGGCCUUCGACUCGACCACCUCAACCGCCCCGAACUCACCAAAGGGACAGUCGACUUUAUCGUUCCCGAGCACUACUGGGCUACCAACCCACCGCCGCGAAUAGUGCCACCGUACUUAUCUGUCGAACCACCACCGGCGCCCUCCAGUACGCGACCACCGCGGCCGAUGAAAACUGUCUUUGCGUUUGACGUCUCGGCCGAUGCUGCGCAGUCCGGCUUUCUGGAGAGUGCGUGCCGGACUGUGAAGGCGGCGUUAUACGAGGAAGAGGGACGGGUGCAUGGGGGAGUUGCGAUUGUGUCGUUUGAUACGGCACUGCAUUUCUACAACUUGUCCCCCGAUCUCGACCAAGGGCAUAUGCUCGUCAUGCCGGAUCUCGAAGAGGUAUUCCUGCCCAUACGAGAAGGCGUGUUUGCGGAUGCGGUAGAGUCCCGCAAUGUCAUCGAGAAUCUUCUUGACGCUCUGCCGAGCCGCUUCCAAGAAGCACCGAUGACAGUGUCAGGACUUGGAUCCGCAAUACGAGGCUGUCUCGCCGCUCUUGCAGGAACGGGUGGACAAGUGAUUAUAUUCCAAGCCACCCUCCCCAGCGUCGGCGCAGGCGCACUCCAGCCCCGCCUGGACGAGUCUACCCUGUACGACACACCGAAGGAACCGACACUCUUCGCGCCACGCGACAUGGCGUGGAAGGACAUCGGCGAGGAGUGCGCGGAGGAAGGCGUCGGCGUCACGAUGUUCCUGGGCAUGAGUAAGUUCGUGGACGUCGGGUCGAUCGGUCUGGUCUCGUCGAUUACUGGAGGGCAAAUCUUCUUCCAUCCGAGAUUCGAGAGCGCCCGGGAUGAGUUCAGUAUGGCGCUGCAGCUGCGCAGGGUUCUCAGGAGGAAGACUGUGUAUCACUGCGCCAUGCGGGUGCGGACCUCGAAUGGCUUGCGGAUAACAGCCCACUAUGGUAACUUCAACGAACGCAUGCCAGGGGAACUCGACUUCGGUGUUCUGGACGCGGACAAGGCGAUCUCCGUAGCGUUCGAGCACACAAAGACACUCGACGACCGCGGGUAUGCCUACCUGCAGUGCGCGGUCCUGCACACCACGAAGGAGGGACAACGGAGGGUCCGUACCAUUAAUUUGGCCUUACAAGUCGCUUCACUGGCGGGCACGGUGUUCAGAUAUGCUGAUAUGGAUACAGUCGUGUCGCACUAUGCGAGGGAAGCGGUAUCACAGCUGGCCACGAAGAGAAUCUCCCAACUCAGGGAUAUCUUGACGGAGAAAUGCGCAUCUCUUCUCCUUGGUUACCGGCGGAAUUGUGCAGCCUCGUCUGCUCCUACGCAGCUCAUAUUACCGGAAGCGUUUAAGACGUUGCCCGUGUACACCCUGGCCAUCCUGAAGAGUAAGUCUUUGAAAGCGCGCAAUGUCACGUCUGACGUGCGAAACUACCACGCACAUCGUGUUCUGUCUAUGGGCGUACGGUCGCUCAUGCAUCACCUCUACCCGCGCAUGUUGGCGAUUCACGACUUGGACGACACUAUCGCACUGCCUGAUGCGAAUGGGCGUAUCUCCUGGCCUUCGCAUAUGCGUGAUAGCUAUGUAUACAUGGAAGCGCAUGGUAUUUAUCUCAUAGAUAACGAGGAGAUGAUGGUCCUGUGGGUAGGACAAAGUGUGGCCCCGCAGCUCUUGCAAGACUUAUUCGGCGUCGACGAUAUUUUCAGCAUCGACCCUCAUCUUAUAACCUUACCAAUCUUGGAUUCAAGACUCUCCAGUCAAGUUAGGAAUAUAAUAACUCAUCGACAGCUGCAAAGAGGUUAUACGCCGAAACUGCUCGUUGCGCGGCAGAAUAUCGAUGCGGCAGAAAUUGAGUUCGCGGACAUGCUAGUGGAGGACCAGAAUAAUGCAGCAAUGUCGUACCUCGAUUAUCUCUGUGUGGUUCAUAAACAAAUCAAUGCUGCACUUACUGGCGGAGGGACUAUUGCCGGCCCUACUGGGUUCCGAUCUUCGCCUUGGUGACAGGGGCACUAGUAGGAUAAAGCAGAGACUUGGCUUCAUCUGACUAAUGACCUUGCCCGCCUGAAGUUGGAACUUGCUGCCGGACUAGUUUUGGCAAUAGCAAUAGAGGACGCUCUUCACGAUCCCGGAUGUGGGAGUAUCUGGUGGUCUUCAUCAGCGUUCGGUUUGCUAACGAUGUGCGAUCAAUCGAGAUUAGGAAAGUGUCCCCUCCUCCGGAUUGUUAUGCUCGUACAUAUGCUCUCAACCACCGUCGUCGAGUCUCA